GUCUUGUGUUUUGUACGUGAACGAAAAAUAAUAGCACUCCCAAACAUAUUACCUCAUAUAUGUAUACAAAGAAAAUUAACUUCAAAAUAAGUUCUACAACUUUACUUUAUACAUCAUCAACGCUUGUUAUAUACAAACAAACGUAGGACCCCUCUCUUCUCUUUCUCUGUCUCUCUCAUAUUCUAAGUUUGCUAUAUAUGUAACUUUCUCCCUUGUAGACUUUCCUUUGCAGCAAAAAUAGUUUCUCAUAUGGAGAGGCAAAUCAUAAACAAGAAGAAACGAGUAUUUUCUCUUGAACCAAACAAGAACCCUAGUGCAGUUUUCACGAGAAAAUACACAAGCCACUUGGUUCCUGCACUCAAGAAGCUCAACCUGAACAAGAACUCUUCAAAACAAACCGUGAAGCAUGAAGUAGACAUGGCUUUGGCUUUGUCUGCUCAAGAAUUUGCAUGGAGCCGUUUCUUGCUACAGAAGCUAUCGUCCUCGACGAAUCCAACCACUACUACUUCUUCUUCCGAUGGAAUUCGGAUUCUCGAAAGAUCCGAUAAAGAAGGCCGAAACGAAGGAGAGAUAGAGGAGAAACUGAGGGAAUUGCAGAAGCUUUUGCCAGGUGGAGAAGAGAUGAAUGUAGAAAAAAUGUUGAGUGAGAUUGGUAAUUACAUUAAAUGUCUUGAGUUACAGACGAUUGCUCUCAAGUCCAUUGUUCAAGAUAGUAUUUGACUUUUAGUUUAAGUGUGUAAUUUAAAGUUUGUUUUAUGUUUUAUUUUUAAACGAAAAUCAUCUUGUGUGUUUUUUCUCUUAAUUUCUUCAAGAACAGGAGCAUGUAUUAGUGUUUUCCUUUUCCUAUCCUUAAUUAAUCAUGGUUACGGAAAUACCUAAAAUACCAUACAUGGCUGUUAAUACAUCUUAUAAAAAUCGAUAAAAAUCUGAUUAAAAUU